CCCUGGAAACCCUUUCCCACACUUCCCCUUUACCUUGUACGUACUUGCGUUCGCCUUCGCCUCUCCAAGAUCCGUCAAAGGACACAAACAAACCCUAAAGCGCACACACAUAGGAAAUAUAUUAACAGAGAAAGGGAUCAGAGAUUCUUUCUCAAUCUCUUUCCUCAUCUCGCAUCACUGCUCAACGAAAUCCAGGGUUUUGAUUUAAUUUACAAUGGCGGCUCCGGCAGCGACACCGCAGCAACCUGUUUCUGCUCAAGUUGUUGGCAAUGCUUUUGUUCAGCAAUAUUAUCAUAUACUACACCAGUCUCCUGGUUUAGUUUAUCGAUUCUAUCAGGAUAUCAGUAAACUUGGGCGCCCUGAGGAAGAUGGUUCCAUGAGCAUAACCACUACCAUGGAUGCUAUCAAUACUAAAAUACUAUCUCUUAACUAUGAUGAGAUCAGGGCUGAGAUUAAAUCCAUUGAUGCACAGGAAUCUUUAGAUGGUGGUGUCAAUGUUUUAGUCACUGGAUACCUGACUGGAAAGGACAAUAUUGUCCGAAAUUUUACUCAAUCUUUCUUCCUCGCACCACAAGACAAAGGCUACUUUGUGUUAAAUGAUAUGUUUCGUUACAUGGAGAAUGCCAUUAAUAAUGAAGUAAACAAUGCUCUUACUGAGGAUGUUGAGGCUCCUACUAAUCCUGAGCAAGUGCCAAAAAGUGUUCCUGUGGUUGAAGAUCCUGUCCCUGAAGAGGCUGUUGUAUUGGCGGAGGAAUCUGAAGGGGAAGUGGUGUUUCAUCCACCGGAAGCUGUGGAGGUUGCUGCUGCUGCUGUGGAGGUGGAGGAGGAGGAGGAGCCGGUUGCGGAGGUUGUUGAUGAAGCGCAGGAGGUUUCACAGCUGGUUGUUGAAUCCAACACCAAAAUUGAAGAAGUUCCAAAGAAGUCAUAUGCUUCUAUUGUAAUGGAUCUGAAGCAGAGUGAUGUGCCUUUCUCAUCCCCACCACCAUCUGCUCCAAGGAAACCUCAGCCAAGGAUUCAAGAGCAUCAGGUGAAUAAUGCUCAGCCAAUUGCUUCAGUCACUGAGUCAGCUGCUUCUAAUGUUGAUGCUGUUGAAAAUGGCAUUCAUGAGGAAGAAGCUGAUGGGUAUUCGAUCUACAUCAAGGGUCUGCCUAUGAGUGCCACACCUGCUAUGCUGGAUGAGGAGUUCAAGAAGUUUGGUCCUAUUAAGACCAAUGGCAUUCAAGUUCGAAGCAACAGGCAACAGGGAUUCUGUUUUGGUUUUGUUGAAUUUGAGAUGCCUGAAGCUGUUCAAAAGGCCAUUGAGGGUUCACCUGUUGCUAUUGGUGGACGCAAUGCUGUUGUUGAGGAAAAACGAUCCACAAACUCUAAAGGAGGAGCACGGGGAAGGUUUCCGAUUGGAAGGGGGGCUGGAGGAGGAGGAUUCAGGAACGAUGGAAUGAGAGGGGGCCGUGGAAACUUUAAUGGUGGUGGUGUUGGUGGCGGAAGAGGCUACAAUCGGAGCGGUGAGUUUGGUGGUGGGAGGAACGAUUAUGGCAACAGAGGCGGCGGACGUGGAGGAGCACCGGCAAACCGUGGUGGUGGUGGUGGUGGAGAUGGAUAUCAGAGAGAGCGUAUGAACCGGGGGAAUGGGAUGGCUGUUAACGGAACAGCCAAGAACAUGGCACCACGGGUUCCUGCUACUGCUUGAAUUAGUGAGUGAGGCAUCAUAUGAUAUGAUGAUGGUUUUGUUCGAGAUUGGUAGGGGAAGGGGGAUAAAAAAACAAGACUUGAUUGAUUUAAUUAGUUGGGAAAUUUUUGUCUACGAUAGAAAAAGCAUGGGUUGGGUCGGGUUUUUGGUCAUUAUUUAUGUUGUGUAGUAUAGUUGCCCCAGCUAUUUUAUUUGUAUUCUUUCUUUUUAUUUUUCUUCCUUGGAACAUGGAAUUUCGAACUGGAUUUUGGUAGAGUAGAGAUGAUUUUAUUGUGCCUA